AUGGGGUAUGUGAUGAGAGUGAGAUUGGCGUCGUUCUGCAUCGGGGCUGCAACGGCGUCGUGUGCGGGUCUCUACAUCCUCCACAAGGAUUACAAGUUUGCGUACCAAUCUUUUUCCCAACAGAUGAAUGAUCUCCACAAAUCACUAGAAAGUCGAAUUUCAUCCUUGGAAAAACUGAGGCAAACGGAAACUUCAGAACAGGUUGCAGCAGCAGAACAGAGUUCAGACUGA